AUGUUAUCUGCUAUGACUACAUCGGAAAAUUUUCCUCUUAUCAAUCAAUCAAGAUGUUCGCCGUCGCCGCAGUACAAUCCGGUCAUACAACCCGGUUACGUCGCAACCAUAUUAAGACAAAAUUUACAAGUCAUGUCAAACGAUGGUAACAUAUUGAAAUAUCAAUUGAUACAAGAACCGGAAAUUAAUAAGGCGGGAGAAAUGAAAUUUGGAAAAAUAUAUUCUGCGACUGAUAUGGAGAAAAUAAAGAGCAUCACAUCAUUUGUCGGGUGGAAAACGUGUCGGAAAAAUUCGUGUAAAUUAUCCGGUGGAGGUUUGAUGGAACGGGACGAUGGAUUUCUCAUCGAUGAUUCUCAUUGUCACGUUUUAGCAAAUCAAAUAUCACCUUCGACACCUCUCACGUUCGAUUUGACGUCACCGCAAAACGUCAUUAAUUGUUGCGUGAGUGAAAGGAGGAGGAGGAGGGGGAUGAGUGAUAUUGUUGUCGGUAAUACCAAGAGUUCUGAAAUAGAAAGUACAAAUCCAUUUAAAAACUUUAUCGUUAAUAAUAAUAAUAAUAAUAAUGACUUUGUAGAAAAUGAAAAACCGUUUUCGCCCACGAAUCCGUUCAGUGAUUUAUGUGCAUCAUCUAGUCCAAAUAGAUUUUCUCAAAUCGAAUACAAUCCUCCGAUACGAUAUGAAAAUAUAAUAAUACCUCAUAAAUCGUUUUCGCAAUGUUCCACACGUCCAGCUAGUCCAGUAUUAAGAAAUGUUAAUAAUAAUAAUAAUAAUAAAGAAGAAUCGACCAUAUCGAAUCCGUUUUUAAUAAAUGAUACUAGUCAAGACUCGAUACUAUUCGAUACUCGAACGUCUAAAUUAUUCAUAAAAGACUCUUUACAAUCAGAUCAAUCGGGAUCCUCGUUGAAAAAUCAUAGUUCCUUUAUAUUUGCCGUCCCGGUUCUUUCUCUCAUUUCUCCACAAAGCAGCAUAACGAAUUCAACGAGCACGCAAACAACGGGAGAUAUCGAAGAGAUGGAAAAAAUCCCCAAACGUAGUAAAGAAUCCCCUCCUCCCGUGUAUCAAAAUUUAACGAAUCAAUUAGAGAAAUUUAUAAAAAUGAACGAUCAUUCCGACUACGAUCUCAUGUGUUUGAAAACAACGGUGAAAGAUUUGAGAACUUCCGGUUGGUAUUAUGAAAACGUGAGCUGGCAAGAAAGUGUUAUACUUCUCAAAGACACGGAUCCGGGUACUUUUCUGAUAAGGGAUUCGAGCGAUCCCAAUUUUUUAUUCUCUCUCAGCGUUCAAACGUCUCGAGGACCCACGAGCGUUCGUUUGCACUACGUCAACGGUCAUUUUCGUUUGGAUGCAGAAGAGAAAUUAAUACCUCACAUGCCAUCGUUUGGUUCCGUCAUAGAACUCAUUGAUUACUAUGUCGAAAACACGGUCAAAAAUAAAACGACGAGUAAAAAAAACGGACAGAAAACUAAACAACAACAACAACAACAACAACAACAAUGGAUGCAAAAAUCAAAGGAUCAAGUUUGGAUCGAUUCGCAGGGUAACGUUUAUUCAAACAUUUUACUCGUUAAACCCCUUUACAAAAAGGAUCAUUUUUCGAGUCUUCAACAUUUGGCAAGGUUAACGAUUAAUUUCCGUUUGAAAAAAAGGCUCAACGUUAAAAUAAAAAAUAAUAAUAAUUUUAAAGUGACUCCCGUUUACGAAUCCUCACCCUUUCAAGAUUCCACUUCCUUUUUUCAAUAUCAAAAUAAUUUCGAGAGUUUUUGUCCGAUUUUAAGCGCGAACGCUUUACCCAUACCACCGAAAUUAAUCGAAUACCUUCAAGAUUAUCCAUAUUGUCAUUAA